AUGUCUUCUGAGAUAGCAGAGAAAGGUCAAAUUGGGACUAUAUCCACGGACAAAAUAUUGAUACCAAAGAAAGGAAAUGUACACUACGUUAACCGCAAUGGAGACGACACUCCGCAGUCUAUUGAAGAAGAUCUCAUCCCUGGUUAUGAUGCUACCCUGAUGCGAGCGCGUGCGACGCUCAGUAGCGCAGAGGAAAAGAAGCUUUUGCGACGUAUUGACUGGCAUCUACUUCCACUGUUAGCUGUUAUGUAUAUGUUGAAAAGCGUGGAUUACAGCAAUGUCUCAUACGCCCGGGUUAUGGACAAAGGCACACCACGUAACAUCUUGACUGAAUUGAAAAUGACUUCAGAUCAAUACAAUCUGGUUACAACUAUGUAUUAUGUCCCUUACAUACUUGCAGAAGCCCCAUCAAACCUAUUGUUGAAAGGUGUGCGACCAUCGAUAUGGCAAGCUAGGAUUAUGGUAUCUUGGGGUAUCGUUCUGUGCUGCCAUGCAGCUGUGACAAAUAGACAGGGUUUAUAUGCUGUCCGGUUCUUCCUCGGACUGUUUGAGGCUGGCCUGUGGCCAGGAAUGCUUCUACAGCUCUGCUAUUGGUAUAGACCCGAUGAGAUUGCUCCAAGGAUCGUUCUUGUGACACUACUAGGAAAUUUUAGCACUGUGAUCAGUGGUGUCCUUGCAUUUGCUUUCAAUGGCGUCGUUGCUGGUGGUCUAUCCGGAUGGAAAUGGCUUAUUUUGACGGAAGGAAUCUUCACAGUCUUACUAGGAAUUUUUACUUAUUUCUUCUUACCUGAUUUUCCUUCAACUGCGUCCUGGUUAUCUGAAAAAGAAAAGGCCUUCACGCAAGCCCGCCUACCGAGCAAUUCACCUCGGGCAGCGGAAUCUAACUUCAAUAUGCGCGAACUCAUCACGACAUUGAAGAACAAGCGAAUCUGGCUUUUCCUCUUCUGCUGGGCUUUCUUCACGAUUGGUACAACGGGACUCACAUUCUACCAACCCACCGUCAUUUCCAAUCUCGGAUUUACGUCUAUGGGUGAAGCCCAGCUACUGAACAUUCCAUCUGCGGUCUUCGCAGUAAUUUUGACAGUCGCAUUCGGUAUCUUCGCGGACACUGGGCGUAUUCCACAACCAGCCAUCCCGCUUGGAUUUAUGAUUGUCAUUCUAGCUUGUUAUGGCGUGCUGUAUGCCUUCCCAAAUAACGGGGGUGUAUAUGCUGCGACGAUUGUAGCAGGAGGUUUCUCGACUGCAUGGUAUACAAUGAUGUGGCCCUGGCGAGUCCAGACAACCGAGGGUGCAACGGGAUCUGCCUUUGCAAUCGCAUUUGCGAAUAGUUACGGGCAGAUUGGAGGGGCUGUUGGGUCUCAGCUAUUCAACUCUCGGUUCGCGCCACGAUAUACAACCUCAUUCGGGAUUGCGAUGGGAUUUGUUGGUAUGGCGAUCAUUAUGAACCUGGUUACUUGGGCUUUUACUUGGCGGGUGGAUGUUGAUACGAGGAAGCUAAAGAGGAUUCGACUUGCGGCGGCGAAAGAGAAUCAGGCUGUGCUGGAUGAUGUUGAUAUUCAUGCAGGAGAGAAGAGAUAG